GAGAACUUCUCAUGGAGGAGACAAUGAGAUGACACUCCGCUUGUGGGAGCGUCGUUAAAGACUCGCCAAAAAGGCUCAGUCCGAUGUCCCAGGUGAGAAACGAGCUCCCCAGCCGCUCAGACACGCUCCAUGGAGACCCCCAGGUGGACCCGGCACCCUUUCCAGCCCCUAGCACAGGUCAGGAUGCAAACUCGAGCCCUUCUACCGUGCCGAAUUUGGAGGUAGCACCACCUACUUCAAGAUGCCCUGUGCCUUCUCAAAGUAAUUCUUCAACCGUGGAGCAAGAAAAUGCGUCACAAGAACAUUCAGUAUCUCAUCAAUCCUUGGUAAAUGGAACUUCCAAGGCAAAAUUGAAUGGUGACUUUUCUGUAGCUGCAGAAGCCGUGACAUGCCAGCCCCAGAGCCGAGUAACCAUCCAGGCUCAUCCAUCUACAGCUUAUACCCCUCUUCUGCAAAAUGGCGCUGGGCAUGUGCCAGACCUUGGCAGUUCUAAUGGCGAGGCUGGGAAUGGUGUCUUGUGUUCCGAACUCAGCUCAUUGUCAAGCUCCCAGAAACCUCAUCGGAAGCUCCAGUCACAUCAUUCCAUCAACAGCCAGAUCAGCAAAAAGAGCAAAGGCAGCUCCAAAUCUGCGUCAUCUCAGAUCCCCACUGAAGCACAGGAAGAUUGCUGUGUCCACUGCAUCCUCUCCUGCCUCUUCUGUGAGUUCCUGACCCUCUGCAACAUCAUGCUGGACUGUGCCACUUGUGGUUCCUGCAGCUCUGAAGAUUCUUGCAUCUGCUGCUGCUGCUGCGGCUCUGGGGAAUGUGCUGACUGUGACCUGCCCUGUGACAUGGACUGUGGCAUCAUUGAUGCAUGCUGCGAGUCAGCUGACUGCCUGGAGAUCUGCAUGGAGUGCUGCGGCCUGUGCUUCUCUUCCUGAAACCUGGAGCCAAAUCUUAUUCCCUGGAUAGGAGCUCUAAGGGGAGACCUUAGGGAAAGACCUUGACAAUGAGGUCUCCAUUGUCUCCCACUAUCAAAUAAUCAAAAGAUGCUAAGGUUUGAAAAAGGAGAUGAGUCCACAGUAGGCGACACCUUUUAAGCCUGCUGGAACCAGUACUGUGUGCUCAAAAACUGCUUGAGAAACAGGCAGCUCUCUUCCCAAAAGAUUUGCAGGAUUCUUGAAGGACUAAGGGAAGUGGAGGGAUGGGCUGUCUCUCUCUCCCCUUCUUCCAGACUCCUCAUAAUGGAAGCUGGGGAAGAGCAGUGUUCCUGCUGCCUGAGCCAAGAGCAGGAGCAGAAGAGGUGCACAGCCAGCCUUGGUGUUUGGCAUAGACCUGGAGCAGCCAUACAGGGCCAAAGAUCUCAGGCACUCUUGGCUAGGUGUGUCUGGUGGGUGUGCCAGUAAGCUGUGCCAGCUGCUGGCCUGUGGAUCCUGCUGCUAUCUGUCUGUUGGGAUUUUUUUUCUUGUGCUGGUGCUUAUUGUUUGGCAAAAGUGCCUCGGCUGUGCAGGUGCCAAGUAGUUGGCAGUCUUGCUGUUUCCAGGCUGGCUACUGAACAUCUCAGGCAUCCAAGGAAAUGGCAGCCUGCCUAUUGUACCAAGAAAAAAUAUGUUCCUGCAGCUGCUCUGGGCCAACCCCUGAAGCUGUAGCGGUGGCUGGAUUCUGCCAGUGGCAUGAUGAAGGGAAGCCAGAGCCCCAGAGUAGUCCCUAAUCCAGUGAGAAAUGGGCUUUUGAACACACUUUCUACAUUUGUCAGCAAUUAAAGGCUGAUCAAUUCUGUGAACUCUUUGAUGGAAACCAUAUUCUAUCCUGCCUUGUACCCCUAUCCCCCCUCGUCCUUUCACUGUGGGUGUGUUAGUGUUGAGACUUAGUAGUCCAAUGUGACCAGAACUCACAACUUUCUACUACCCAUAUGCUCGUUCCAUAGCUCUGGUGUCCGACAAAGAUAGUUUAAAUAGGUUUCUUUAUAAACUGGGAACAAGUUAUAGUUGCAAAAGAGAAGCUAAGUUUUCAUUCCUUUUCCUGCAACAAACAAACACUAGACCUAACACAAAGACACAGGCUGACUGGUAUGCUAUAAAAGGAAUAUUAGUCACUGACAUAACAGCCUCCUCAGUGAGCCAUCACAUUGGCAACACACCUUGGGCCCACAGGGUGGAGUGGGUCAUGUAGCUAGAACCACUCCACAUACAGGCAGCUCCUGCCUUACUAAGUUCCAGAUUCCUUUUAUUGUUGGGUGGGUUUAUAUUUUGUCUGUUUGUUACUGUAAAUAAAAAAAACACAACAUUUUCCACUUCUGAUCCAGAGAAUGGUUCAGUGUUUCAUCCUGGCCUUAGAGGUGAAACCACCUCUUGUAAGGCAGAUCUUCUCAUCAGCCAUUUCCAGUGAAAUGUUUUUGUACAUGA